GCGGACCAACAUUCAUUGGCACUGAUGCGGCAACAGCGGCAGCGGUUGCCAAUCUGCGCAGCAAGGUGCCCUCCAUUUCGAUAAUACCGCUGCCCGUUUCCACCACAAUUGUGGCAAGAAGUGGAGGAGGAAGUGGAGGUUCCACUAGUGGUUCCUCUAGUGGUUCCAACCCAACAUCUUUACCCCAACUAAUCCACUCAGCGAGGAGUGUUUCCACCAAGUCCACAGGGACUUCGCCACCUUUGACCUUCAUCUCGGAGGGUUCGGGGACAUCGGGUGCUCCCGCCUUGGCUCUAUUGCCACGCCCCCAACAGCAGCACCAAUACCAGCAAACCGACAAAUGCACAGUGCUCAAGUUGGAUGUGUUGAAGUCGCAAUCGGGAGGAGCUGGCAAUUCCAGCAGCAGUAGCACCUACCUGCAGAUCGAACAGCAGCUCAGCGAACUGGAGGCCGCCGAGGAGGAGGAGGAGAACAUGGCCAGUUUGCUGGGCAGUGCUCCACCCGCCCAGAUCCUGGCCAACCAACCCAUCAUAGUGAAGAUCGAGCCAACGCAAUCGUUUCACAUCGUGGAAGAGGGCGACACGCGGGUGCUGAGUUUGCCACUCAGCGAUGCGGAUAAGCUGGGCGCCAGUUGGAUCGAUCUGAAGGAUAUAGCCGGGUUGCAAGCUGGCGGAGGAACCACUCUCCUGGAUGUCUGCUUUGAGCAGACCAACGAGGAGGGAACGAUUAUAGCCACUGUGCAGCCGGAGUUGGAUAACGAUUUGGAUGGGGAUUUGGAGACGGAGGCGGAGAACGAGGAUGAGACUGAACCAGAACCGCCGGCAGCCAAGCGAUUGGCCACCAACAGGGUGCCACAAUUGCGGUCACAACAACAACAACAGCAGCAGCAGCAGCAGCAACAGCAGCAACAACAACAGCAACAAAGUCAGGUUAAAUUCCUGUCGGAUCCUCCUGCUUUGGCGCGUUCCAGCAGCUUCAGCAGUUUGAGCAGCUUCAGCAGCAUCAGCAACAUAAGUUCUCUGGGCAAAAGUAUGUCAGCCAAUCAGGAGAGCAGCCUCAAACGAUCCAAGGAGCGAACGCCACCGCCAAUGCCACCGUUGACCGCCCAGAAACCCGCUGCAACAUCAACAGCAACCUCUGCAACACCAGCAACAUCGGCAACAUCAGCCAGUGCAACUGCAACAUCGGCCAGCACUUCGAACUCCUCGAACAGGGACAACAGUGGUGGUCAUCACAGUAGCAGCGGCAGCAAUGGAGCCAUGACAGCUCAAAUUGAGAUAAUUCCAUGCAAAGUCUGCGGCGACAAGUCAUCCGGCGUGCACUACGGCGUGAUCACCUGCGAGGGCUGCAAGGGCUUCUUCCGGAGGUCGCAGAGCUCCGUGGUGAACUACCAGUGUCCGCGCAACAAGCAAUGUGUGGUGGACCGCGUUAAUCGCAACCGCUGUCAAUACUGUAGACUGCAAAAGUGCCUAAAACUGGGAAUGAGUCGUGAUGCUGUAAAGUUCGGCAGGAUGUCCAAGAAGCAGCGCGAGAAGGUCGAGGACGAGGUGCGCUUCCACCGGGCCCAAAUGAGGGCCCAAAGCGAUGCGGCACCGGACAGUUCCGUUUACGAUACACAGACGCCCUCUAGCAGCGAUCAGCUGCAUCACAACAACUACAAUAGCUACAGCGGCGGCUAUUCGAACAACGAGGUGGGCUACGGCAGUCCCUACGGCUACUCGGCCUCCGUGACGCCACAGCAGACCAUGCAGUACGACAUCUCGGCGGACUACGUGGACAGCACCACCUACGAGCCGCGCAGUACAAUAAUCGAUCCCGAAUUUAUUAGUCACGCGGAUGGCGAUAUCAACGAUGUGCUGAUCAAGACGCUGGCGGAGGCGCAUGCAAACACAAAUACCAAACUGGAAGCUGUGCACGACAUGUUCCGAAAGCAGCCGGAUGUGUCGCGCAUUCUCUACUACAAGAAUCUGGGCCAAGAGGAACUUUGGCUGGACUGCGCCGAGAAGCUUACACAAAUGAUACAGAACAUAAUCGAAUUUGCAAAGCUAAUACCGGGAUUCAUGCGCCUCAGUCAGGACGAUCAGAUAUUAUUGCUGAAGACGGGCUCCUUUGAGCUGGCGAUUGUUCGCAUGUCCAGACUGCUAGAUCUCUCACAGAACGCGGUUCUCUACGGCGAUGUGAUGCUGCCCCAGGAGGCAUUCUACACAUCCGACUCGGAGGAGAUGCGUCUCGUGUCGCGCAUCUUCCAAACGGCCAAGUCGAUAGCCGAACUCAAACUGACUGAAACCGAACUGGCGCUGUAUCAGAGCUUAGUGCUGCUCUGGCCAGAACGCAAUGGAGUGCGUGGAAAUACGGAAAUACAGAGGCUUUUCAAUCUGAGCAUGAAUGCGAUCCGGCAGGAGCUGGAAACGAAUCAUGCGCCGCUCAAGGGCGAUGUCACCGUGCUGGACACACUGCUGAACAACAUACCCAAUUUCCGCGACAUUUCCAUCUUGCACAUGGAAUCGCUGAGCAAGUUCAAGCUGCAGCACCCGAACGUCGUUUUCCCGGCGCUGUACAAGGAGCUGUUCUCGAUAGAUUCGCAGCAGGACCUGACAUAACAAGAGCAGGCGACUCCGUUCCUGGAGACGAGCGCGGACGAGGUUGCCGAGGAAGCGGCUGCCGCCGGGUGUGUCCUGCCGCCGGUGGCGCCACCUGCCGGCCAGCAGCCAACGCUGCUCGAGGACUGAGGAUGCGGCAGGAAGCGGCAACAAUAAUAAUUAUUUGAGUAAACACACACUGCACACGGGCUGCAGGAAUACAA